CUUUAGAUGAAGUUCACGAAAGUGAUGCACGUGAUGCUUUGCGCCUCACUAUCGUGACUGGUUGCCCAGGAUUUUUGCAGCCAACCGAUACUGCAUUGAUCUGGGAUGGUGUUUUCGACUGGAAGGACGACCCGCGUAAUACACAAGACUUUGAUUGGCUCGUGGACUUCCUGGUACACUUCCGGAAGUCUGCAGCGAGGAACUUCGAUGCCAUGGGAGACGCGCUGCUCGCAUUGAGUGCCAUGCGGGAUCUGGGAAGUGACACCAGACGAGACAAUUACCUUGACGCCAUCAUCUUCGCCAUGGAAGCGGAUAAACCAUCCCGACUUCGCCAUGCAGCCCUUCGAGCUGUAUUCGAUGCUCGUUUUAAACUAGUGGAGAUAGUUGACGAGGAGGAGGGAGAAUUUCGGGAGAAGUUGUUAGGGGAACUUGCGCCAGCUCUGUUUAUUGCAACCAAACCUGUCGCGCCACAGCGACUUGAUGAUGAACCGGACGCUGUCUUCAAUCCCAGACGUGACGACUGCUAUCUACGACUAAUCUUCACUCUGGCAAAGCAAAGUGAUUGGCGUACUCACUUAGAGAAAGCCGGUCACAUAGAGCGAUGCACAUCUCUGCUAGACCACAUCAUCAAGAACAAUCCAUCAAUAUUAUCUGUCACAUCUCAUUCUUACUAUCUUGCAGCCAUAUUGAUACGGAUGAACCCCUCGGGGGGUUAUCGAAGCUCGCUGAGGGGGGCUACUCUGGCCUCUGCUCCGGACUCUGAACCUACGAACGAGGAAGAAUGUCGUCCCACUCCAAACCUUGUAGCCACACUGCCCGCAGCCCCAGAGGCUCCUACUUCACCGGGCUUUCCGGACAAUAUAUCUGAACAGGAAUGGUGGAAGCUACUCAAAAGAGCAUGGUGGGCGAUGCGUUGGAAUGACCUCCACCUUGAGGCAGAAGCAGUUGAGGCACUACCCAGCAUUGUCACGUACACUCUCGAUCUCCUGGAAACCCCGAGUGCUCGAUAUGAUGCGGGGAGUCUCGUUCGAUUGGUAGAUCGGAUAUACGAGGCGCUCGAUGAUGAUGAAGCGAAGUUGGCAGUUAAACGCCUACAGGAUGCGCUGGGAAAUAGGGCAGCAUAGUUCAAAGAGUUAGUAGAGUCAGACGAUGUACAGUAUCACUCCUAUGCAGACCAAAUGGC